CUCCCCCUCCCCUUUCCUCCCCCCCUCCCCUCUCCGCCCGCCCGCCGAACCCUCCAGGAAUUCUCCCCUCGCCCGCUAGCCGCCGCCCCUCCCCCCACUCGUCCGCGCCGCUCCGCCGGACUGGCGUGGAGCGGGGAUCCGUCCGUCCGCCGGGGCUCCGAUUGAUUCCCCCCGCCCGUCCCCGUCCGUCGGAGGUUUCGUGUGGGAACGAAGGCGGAAAGGAAGGAAGGAAACAGAGCCGGCCGGCUAAGUGACCAGGGCUGCGGCGGCGAUGGCUCCGUCUCCGGCGGGCCCCACCUUCGAGGACCUCGAGCGCGACCUGCAGGCGGUGCUCAUGGACCAGAACCACCACGGCGGCGGCGGCGGCGCCUCCGCCGAGGAGCUCAGCAUGUACCGCAGCGGCAGCGCUCCCCCCACCGUCCAGGGCGCCCGCGCCGCCGUCGGCACGCUCUUCUCGGCCGCGCCCCCGGCCCAUGUGGACAACAGCGGCCUCGGCGGCGCCGACAUGCUAUCCGAGGAGGAGAUUCUGUCUCACCCGGCGUACCUGCAGUACUACUACAACAACGAGCACCUUAACCCGAGGCUGCCGGUGCCAAUGGUGUCCAAGGAGGACUGGCGCGUGGCGCAGAGGUUCCAGGCUGCCUCCGGGGGCAUCGGGGACUGGAGGAGGAGGCCCUCGGAGGCCACUGGCGGGAGCUCUCUGUUCUCGGUGCAGCCAGGAGCACGCGAAGGCAACGGAGUGGACUAUCUCCUGAAUGAUAGGAUGGGCAGAGGUGAAAGGAAUGGGCUCGCACGCCAGCAGUCGUCGGAGUGGCUUGGGCAAGCCGCUGAUGGGCUUAUUGGGUUGUCUGAUGUCAAUGGCCUCGCCUCCCGCCGCAAGAGCUUUGCGGAUGCCCUGCAGGAAAAUAUUAGCCGUCCUGCUUCUAAAGCUGGUCAUCUUUCACGCUCUAAUAGCCGGAAUGCUUUUGAGAGCCCAAAUCUUUCGCGCUCUAAUAGCCGGAAUGCUUUUGAGGGCCCGAAUCUUUCACGCUCUAAUAGCCGAAAUGCUUUUGAGAGCCCAAAUCAAGUAAGGUCCUCUGAGUCAUCAAAGGCACAACUUCAGAGUAGGUCAGAAUCUAUGAAUGGCUUUCGGUCUGGAACGGCUUCACCCAGUCUUGUCAGGGUACAAAGUUUAGGUUCUUCAAUGUCGCACACAUUUGCUUCUGCAGUAGGCUCUUCGAUCUCAAGAAGCACCACCCCUGACCCUCAGUUGAUGCAGAGGGCUCCAAGCCCUUGCCUUCCUCCAGUUGGAGUUAGGAUGGGAAAAGCUGAUAAAAUGGUUGAAGGCAGAAAUGUCGCUUCUCGUAAUCAUGAUGGUUCUGACACUGCAGCAGCUCUAUCUGCUAUGUCCAGUUUAAACCUCUCGGGGAACAACAUGGCCAAUUUAGAAAGUGAUGUGCAAAAUCAUAUUUACCAGAACUUUGGUGGCGAUCAAAGAGAUGCGCUCUUUAAUGUUCCAAAGGAGCAUAGACAGUUUUCUACACAGAACUUAGUUCAUAAUGCUGAUGAAGAGCCGAUAAAUGCCCUGGAAUAUGCAGUCUUUCCAAAUGGUAGCAGUCACUUGAGUAAUCCAAAUAUGAGUAAACUGGCAGCUGAAAGCAACAGCAAGUUCCCUGCACAAUCACAGCAUGGUAAUGGGCACAAGAAAGGAUCUUUGCUGAGCCCGACUGGACCUGUGUAUCUCUACCAAAACCUGAAUGGUGAUGGCUCAAACAUUGAUGUACCUGGACGACAUGCAAAGGCUAAUUCACGAAGUUCUGGCUCGUCCAUGCUGAAUAAUCACCUGAAUACUGAUGGUGAAUAUGCCAACCUUCUUUCAAAUCAAAGGGGGACUGGUUAUCAGGUCCAACCAAUGGAUGCAGUUUAUGCCCCUUACUUGCAGGCAAACCCCAACUCUCCCCUUGGUGCAGCUGGAAGCAUGAGUCCUUUCCGGGGAAGUAACUUUUCUGGUUCAGGCCACAUGGAUAAUGCUGCAUAUCAAAAGGCUUAUCUUGCAUCAUUACUUGCUCAGCAGAAGCUACAGUACGGAAUGCCAUACAUGGGCAAAUCUGGUGGUCUUAGCCCAACUCUUUAUGGCAGUGAACAAGCAUAUGGCAUGGACAUGGCAUAUUUAUCAAGUCCAACAUCUAGCCAUUUUAUCCCAUCUCCCCAGGGUCAUGCCAGGCAAGGAGAUAGGCUAACACGUAUUCCAUCCAUGGCAAGGAGCACCACUGGAGGAGCUAUGGGAUCAUGGAGUUCAGAGAAUGGUCUGGUAGAUAAUGCUUAUGAGUCUACUCUGCUGGAGGAAUUCAAGACCAAUAAGACCCGAUCUUUUGAGCUGCUAGAUAUUGUAGGUCAUGUGGUCGAGUUCAGCUCGGAUCAGUAUGGGAGUCGCUUUAUACAGCAGAAACUUGAAACAGCUUCUACUGAAGAGAAGAACAUGAUUUUUCCAGAAAUACUUCCCCAAGCACGAACGUUGAUGACUGAUGUUUUUGGAAACUAUGUUAUACAGAAGUUCUUCGAGUAUGGGACUGAACCACAACAGAAGCAAUUGGCAAACCUACUCAAGGGUCAUGUAUAUACGCUGAGUACACAAAUGUAUGGCUGCCGGGUUAUUCAGAAGGCUUUAGAAGUGGUUGGUGUGGAGCAACAAACACAAAUGGCUUUGGAGCUUGACGGAAACACAAUUAUUCUGAAAUUAGUUCGUGAUCAGAAUGGCAACCAUGUAAUCCAGAAGUGCAUAGAAUGCAUCCCUCAAGAAAGGAUACAGUUCAUCGUUUCUGCUUUUUAUGGACAAGUGGUUGAACUUUCCACCCAUCCAUAUGGUUGCCGUGUUAUUCAGAGAGUCUUGGAGCACUGUGAUGAUGAAAGCACGCAAAAUGCCAUGAUGGAGGAGAUCAUGCAGUGUGUGGUUCCUUUGACACAAGACCAGUAUGGCAAUUAUGUUAUCCAGCAUGUCUUGCAACACGGGAAACCAGAAGAACGUACUUCUAUAAUUAAGCAGCUUGCUGGGCAGAUCGUGAAGAUGAGCCAACAAAAAUUUGCUUCCAACGUUGUUGAGAAGUGUCUGUCUUUUGGUUCUCCUGAGGAGCGCCAGAUUCUAAUUAAUGAAAUGCUUGGCACUACUGACGAGAAUGAGCCAUUACAGGCAAUGAUGAAAGACCAGUUUGCAAACUAUGUAGUGCAGAAGGUUUUGGAGACUUGCGACGACCACAACCGUGAGCUGAUUCUUUCGCGUAUCAAGGUCCACCUGAACGCACUGAAGAGAUACACCUACGGGAAACAUAUUGUUGCCCGGGUGGAGAAGCUUAUAGCCGCAGGAGAAAGGCGUAUCGGGGUCUCGUCGCAGUCUUGCAGAGAUUGAAUGGUUAGUUUGACAGAAUAACCCCUGUACAGACAGAUAGCGAGGCUAGCCUUACCAGUAGUCGUUGUCCAGUGCCGUCGUCGGAGAAGUUGGAGCUCAAGAAAGCCUUUGAUUGUAAAUAAAGGAGGGGGCCUCUGGGAAUAAAGAAAGAGAAAGAGAAGAGAUUUUGCUUGUUCAAAAGGAGAGAAGUUGUAUAUUUGUACCGUUUUUCCCUCUUCGAGUAAGAUACAUAUCUAUAUAUGAAUAUAUAAGAAAGGCAAAGCAUGGAAGCAAAUUAGCUGAAAUAUUUAGGGUUAGAUGAUGAUGGGAAGCAAGGAUACCUGUAGAUCCUUUUGCCUUGGGUUUCAUCGGUGUAUAAGGUUUCCAUCUCUUGUAAAGAUUUCCUAUUUUACUGAUGUUUCGCAGAAAUCAAAUGUUUCAGUCUUUGUAAAGAAGGUUUCACAGAAAUCAAAUGAAUGCCUGUCUAUGAAA